AUGGCGGGAAAUAAGAGGAAGAAUAUUGUCUUUCUUUUUUUCUUUUUCGUUCAAUUAAUUCUUGUUUAUUCUUUUUGUCUUUUUCUUCUUUUGUUUUAUCUGCUUUAUAUUUCCCCUCUUUAUUUUCUUUUCUCUUUUCUUCAUUUCUGGAUCUAUUCACUUCUUUUUCAUUAUUAUUUCUUUUUCUUAUUUCGUCGAAUUUUCCUUCUCUCUUUUAAAUUCUCUUAUUUAUCCUUUUUCUCUCAAUUGCUUCUCUUUUUGCUUUCCACAUACAUUUUCAAUUUUCACCAUUUUCUUUUCUCCCUUCUUUUACCUGUUUAUUUUCUAUUCCUUUCUUCAGCUUUUCUCUCCUUCUCACCUUUUGAUGAGUUCAGGUCUUCUAAUUCCUUCUUCCCCUUUUCUUUCUCUUCUUUUAGCACUUCAUGUACAACUCCUUUCGACGUCUUUCUCACCUCAUUCCUUUCUUCACCAUUUCCUUUUCUUUCCCUUCAUUUUCUUAUGCUUUCCUCGACACCUUUAUUUUUAUGUUUUUAUUUAAUAAUUCCCUACUUUUUCAUGGUUUCUUUUCCCUGCGAAAGUCCUCAACCUUCAUAUUACUUGGUUUAA